AUGACUGCGCUGCCGCAACAAGUGUCUCCGCAGGCCAAAGAGCUGCGAUACAUUGCCUGCGCGCACUGCUCGAGAGCCAAGGUGCGCUGCGACAAGAAGCGCCCGGUCGCCGGGGCCGCGCUAUCUUCAACCUGCACCUUCCUUCCCCCUGCUGUCUCUCUCUCUCUCUCUCUCUCCGAAUCCAUAUCUUCACCACGAGAACAGUCAGUAACCAGCCAUCGCCAGGUGCCCUGCAAUCGUUGCGCCUCCAAACAACUCGUCUGCGAGCCUCGCGCAGCCCGACGAUCCGGCAACAGAUCGCACGAACCGUAUUAUCGCUCGCUUCAGCCGCGGAAGAGUAUCGCGUCCGACGAUGGCAGCAAAGGCCACACCAAGAACAAGAACAGCAAUAGCAACAACAACAAUGGUGAUAACAACGCCUCUCUACCCCCUUCGGUGGCUACAUCUCGAGAUGCCGGUAAAUUUAACGCAGCCAUGCCCGCGCCCUCGAUGAUGUCCCAGUUCUCCGCGAUUCCUUCUGUCUACUCCGAGGCUGCGACGACCAGCCCACAACACCACCACCAGCAGCAACAACAGUGGAUAGUUGGAUCGAUCCCCAUAACCGCGGGCCUUCCAGUCGACUGGCUGGCCCAGAUCCCUCGCCAUCCUGACCAGACCGCUCCGCCGUUGUCCCAGCCGCUGCCAGCAGUGGCCGGCAAUCUCGAUCGCGACAGCAGCCGCUCGCAUCCCACGCCUAUAACGAUGAUGGAUAACUUGCGAGACCUGAACAUGACCGAUCUCAUGGGAGUAUUUGGGUACGACGGAUUGUGGGAGCCAUAUUUGACCAACUCGCCCGGCGACGACGCCGGGCUCGCUGGAGGAGAGUCGCAGGUCGACUGGGACUCUGGAGGAGUCGAAAAUCGUUUUCCAUCCAGCGUGCCUCAGCCCUCUCAGUUCUUCCCCUCGACGUUUAAGCCAAAUUCAAAGCACUGCUUCAGCCAAGUGCGGAUCAACCUACAACACCUGGAGCAGAUGUUGAGAUCUCAGGACCACUGGAAUGCGACCUGGGUAGAUGCUAAUAAAUCUGCUCACGUCAACAGCCAGUCGGCCGCUGAGCCAAUUGCAGAUAGCACAAGAGACCAGUUGUUGGUUGUAGCCCAGUUGCUGCUUCAGCAGUCCCGCAACAUUCACGUCCGUGAUGCCCGUUCAGCACGUGCUGACACUCACCCACUGAAUGCCGCCUUAAUCACACUUCCCCCGACCAAAGUGCUCGAUGAUAUGAUCAAUUCCUAUUGCAGUAACUUUGACCAAUACUUCAAACUGUGCCCAGGGCCUGUCGUGAAAACAAAUGACAUCCUUACGCAACUACCGCAGCAUGGAAAGCUCGCUGGAAUCUUGCUGCUCUUGAUGAUCGCCGUCGGUGCAGCCGCUAUCCCUACUACUGCGUGUCAACACAUGGCUGUUGGCCUGACAGAGAUGUGCCGUAUUGCCUUUUCAGAGCUUCUCGAACGGGAUUUUUCCAUUACAACGGAGCCAUUGGUCUCGUACUGUGCUCUUCUGUUGCUCUACAUGGGUAUGUGGUGCGGCGAGCGCUGGCUGAUGGGGAUUUCCAGUGCCCAGAAGGCCAUGUAUGUUCACCUUUUUCGCAAUGCAACGCAACUUGAAUCAUUCACUGUUCCUCCAUUUUUCCCUGGUCACCUAGAUGCCAACCAGGCACGGGAGAAAUGGAAAGACCAGGAAUUCAAAUCUCGUCUUACGUAUGCCUGGGUUAUGGCUGACCAGGAAUGGAGCUUAUUUUACGACACGCCCAAUAUAUUAUCAGUUGAUAUGCUGAUCGACCCUAUGCCUACUAAUGACAAGCUCUGGAAAGCGGCCGGUGGUGAGGACUACGCUCACCUACAGCCUGAUUCUCUUCUGAAUAUGUCGCAGAUAUCUCUUCGAGAUCUAUACGGUCGGUUCAUCAAUGGUGAACUGCGAGUCGUUGGCGGAUCUAGCCUGAGUCCUUUGUCUCUUCGACUUUUAUUGAUGCCCCUGCAGGGCAUGGUCUGCCAUCUUCGCCAAUGGCUACAGACCUUCUCUAAUCGGCCGGUCCGGUGGAAACGGAGUACGCAGGCGUUAUCCAGUUCCGCAAUCCACGCCCAGCUCGACCAGGUUCGAGAGCUGUUACUUGAGUGGUUUACCCUUGCAUCUCACUCCUCUUCAUCGCCCCCCGUCGAUUCGCCCUUUGCCCUGGCCACGCUGGUGAUUUACCACCUAGUGUCUUUGAACACUAUUUCGGGCUUUCCUGAGAUUGAUGAGGCUCUCGCCAAUGGCAAUAUUCCGGACCGUGAAUCCUGGAAUCCUACUGUGGGUAGUGCGCAGUCCCCUGGUGUCUCCGUCGUCGCACUAGACUCGGAGGAGGAAGUGCUUUUUCAUUGUGGCCAGGCUCUUCGUCUUUACCGACUCAUGCCACUCAAAGAUCAACCGCUUUGGUGGUCAGCAAUCAUCUACCGUGUUUCUCGUAUCUUGUGUUUUAUUGCCAUUGCUCGACACCCCCUGGAAUGGCAACAGUCUCGAAGCACGAUCGCUACGAGUUGGACGACUUUGUCUGGAGAUAAGGACAACCCCACCAUCUUAACCGCCACGAGUAGCGAUAUGAACGUCGACAUGCUAUCCACAUGUGCUAAUAGUUAUAAUUUCGAUUCGGCAACGGUGUCCUCUUCCAGUGACCAACCCCACAAUUUCAACCAUCGCUUUGCACUCGAUGGCCUUGCCCCCGAUCAUCCGACGCUUGUCAACUUUCUCAGAUACAAAAAUGGCGAGCCUAGCCUUAACUUUAGAGACGGUCGUUCCGCUAGUCUGAGAAGUCCGGAUAGUAUGUUCCGAUACUUUAUUGAACUACUCGACAACAGUACAUUCAAAGGAGACGGCUCCUGGCGGUCAACUUCUUCAUCUGGAACAAGGCUGCAAUGGAGCGUCAAGAGUUCGUUAGUGGCCAUGGCUGAGCGAUGGGGAACUUGUUUGCAAUGA